AUGAAGCAAUUUUCGGAACAGAUUAAAAAAAAGGUGGAACAACCAAUUAUAUUUGUGGGUAAUUCUAUAGGAGGUGCUAUGGCAACACUAGCUACAAUCUCCUUUCUGGAUAAGAGGAUGAAAAAUAUCUAUCCUUUGUGCAUUACAUUUAGCUCUCCUUUGGUGGGAAAUGUUGCUCUUAGAGAAUCAAUUGGCUCCCAAGAUUGGCUUGGAAGAUUUUCUCAUGUGGUUUCAAAACAUGAUUUUGUUCCUCGCAUGCUCCUUGCACCUUUUGAAUCGAUUGCACUACAUUUGAUUUCAAUUUUCUCUCAGGGAGAGAUAAUAAUGGGCAAUGAUUUUGAUCCUAUACAAGCUUGCAGGGAACUUCUUGACAAUGUCAAGUGCCUUGGAAAUUCUAGCCCAUAUAAACCUUUUGGUAUUUAUAUGAUCUAUUCAACCCAGGGAGCAGCUUGUAUUGAGGAUAGUCAAGCUGCCUUGGAGAUGCUAAUUUUAACUUUGCAAAGCACUGAAGAAAAUGGUAUUGCCGAUGCAUUGAUUUCAGAGCACAAAAGUUAUGGUGAUAAGUUGAAAAAUGUUUUUGAAAGUGGAUACUCAACAAGAGCUUUAAACAUCUUCCCAGAAUCCUCCGUUGAGACGGGAAUAGCACUGCAAUUAGAAGCCAUGGGUUUUCAGACUCUGACUAAAUCUGCAUUUGAUGCCUUGAAAAAAACCAUAGAUUUGAAAAACAAGCAUGACAUGGACAUUAAGGACCUAAAUUCAAAGUUGAGCGAGAACCAAAGUAGACUGGCAGAGCUGGAAUGGUACAUUAAAAUGGUAUCUAAGGGCAACAGCUGUAGCUCCUACGAUGUUUUCAAGGACCUGGGCGAAAAGAAAGAUUUUCAUAUUAAUCGGCAUAGAAUGAAUCUAGAAGAUUUUUGGGAUAAAAUUAUUGAUAUGGUGAAGAAUCAGCAAUUGCCCAGUGACUUCCGAUACCAAAACAAAUGGAUCAAUGCUGGAACUACAUAUAGAAGACUUGUAGAGCCCCUGGACAUUGCAAACUUCUAUCAUCUGCAUAGCGAUAGGGGAAGUUGUCUCUCAAUUAAGAACAGGCUGCUCCCUCAUAGGGUUCUGGAAAAAUGGCUGGAUGACAAAAACCAAACUCGCAUUGAAAGAGGUAGAGGGAGGAAAAAGACACGCACAAAAUUUGCAUCCUUAACUGAGGACUCUCGCUUUUGGGCUCGUGUAGAAGAAGCUGAUAAAGACUUGACAAAUCUCCAGCCAAAGAAAGAGCAAACUAUCAUUGCCCAUCUCAAGAAAAGCCUCAAAGAUUUUGAAGCUUAUGUGUCGAAGAUGAUCAAGGAGAAAAGUAUUUCCAUGGAGGUUUUCUUUGAAGAGAGCGGCUUCAUGAUAUGGUGGAAGAAAUACAGAGAGUUUCAGCAGCAACACUCAGAAGAGUGGAAUCAAGCUCCCCUUUCGUCAAAUCCAUGGAAAAGGAGAAAUUGGGAGUUCAGAAGACAGGUUUUUGAUUCAGUUUUAUAG